UUGCGCCACACGUCACAACUCAUGUAACACUCCGCCUGUUGUCUCCUGUCUCGGCAACUGUUCAUCGCCAUGCCCUGCUCAGCUCAAUUCCUUGAGUGGACAAAAUGUUUGCGCGUGCUAUCGUUGUUGCCGGACUCGCUUCUUCUGCUAUCGCCGCCAGCCAACAGUUCACGGAUGUCUGCGAAAAGGGCUAUGUCGUGGAAAGCUUGGAGCUCGCCAAUAACGGAGGCAAAGGUUUGACCUCCCUGCAUCUUCGUCCUUGCCCCGCUACAGGCGAAGCUGCCUUUGGUGCCAUCUUUGACUGGUCUGGCGCCGAUCUCACCGUCAAGUCGUAUCCCAAUGCUGCAAUUACCGUCGGACUCAACAAGCCCAUCGCGAGCUACAAGUCGAUCCCGCUCUACAUGAACUGGAACUGGCUCAAAGAUCCCUCUGCCAUUCAAGCGUUCACCGGUCUCCAGAUCCAUCACAGCGGUAUCCAGAUCAAGAUCACUCUGUCGUAUCGAGGCGCAAUGGCACCCGGCCAACUCGUUGCUACCCCUGUCAUUGGUGGCAAACAAUUCAAGCUCUACAAAGACGAGCCAUCGCAGACGUGGUCUUACCUCAAUGAUGGCUUCACUGGUACUGAUUUCUAUGCCGAAGGACUCGAUUUUGUCAAUGAUGCCGCCAAACAAGGUGCGGCUCUGACAGGCGAUCUGACGGCCGUCAGUGCGGGCACGGAGAUCUUCAAGGGCGAAGGCAUUUUCUUGCUCAACGCUUUCACUUGUGUGCCAUACUAGCCGCUCUCGUAGCAAUGCAUUAAUGUCUGGAUCUCAA